AUGAGUGCCACUCUCUUUAAGUCCAAGCAAUUCAAAUCCAAGAAGAACCUUAAAGGGUUGUUGAUCAGUCCUCCCGUCCUAGCCAACUCUACAUCUGCACUUUUGCAGUCUGCACCUUUAAAGCAAACUGUUGUGUUGAGGGCUAUUUACGAUUUCAGAGCCGAAAGCGAAUGUGAGUUGACCGUAUCAUGUGGAGAUUAUCUCAAGUUACUAGACAAACCAGGCGACGGCUGGCUCUAUGUGCAAAUCUUAGAGAAGUAUGACUGCAAAGGAUUAGUUCCUGCAAGUUAUGUUGAUAUCGAGGUUAAUGACACUCAGAACCCAGUAACCAGGGACUGGUUGAACGAAAAGAGAAGCGAGGAAGUUGUAAGUCAGCAAGUAAGCGUACCCUCCUCCACUAAUACUUCUAACUUCACCACACCAAGGACUACGUUGACUCCAAUGUUGAAUUCGUCAACUUCGCCUAAAUUUUUCCAAGAGCUGCUGGGCCAGAACCUGCAACCUAGCCAAAAUACUCAAACUACACAACAACAACAACAGUCACACUUUCAGAACUAUAACUUGACUUCGUCCCCUAUGGGCACCAAGUCUACGUCUAGUAGUACCAAUGGAUCUCCAAGGAAACCCUCGGGUAAGAGCCAAUCACCAGUUGCUGCUAGUUCUUCCAGUGUCAACGUUGACAAUCUUAAGAACAGUCUCAAGAACAAACCAGUGCCUACACCCCUUCAGUUAAACACAAGUGCUCCUGCCACGGUGGAGGAUGACUUUGAUUUCUUCCAGAAGGAAUCUUUGAUUGCACCAUCACCUAUUACAUCCACGUUCAAGAUCCGUACAGUGUCCAUUACGAAUGUAUUACAAUACGAUAACAGGUUUUACUACCGUAUAGACUUCACUUUAGAGAACAAACUGAAGCGUUAUAUUAUGAAGACUUACCAAGAUUUCUACAACUUACACAUAAAUUUAUCUAUUUUGAAUAUCAACGAGAAGACUUUACCUAAGUUGCCGCAACCUAUUCGUAAACAAACCAAAUCGUCUUUGUUGAUCAGGUGUAAUGAGUUGAAUGUCUAUUUAAAUAAGUUGAUUAAAAAUGAAUUCUUUAAGACUUGUGAAGAAUUGAUAAAUUGGCUCACUAGCAAUUGGGCUGCUAACAAAUUGGAACACAGAAUGUUGGAGAAUAUGAUCAACGACGAUGAUAUUAAUCAGGUAUUGUUGCCCAACUCGAUAGAUAUGAUUAACCAGGGCAAGAGCAAGUAUUCAACCACUGCUCCACUUCCUCCCACUAUUCAUGCGAAUUCAGCAUCAGGCUUCGAGUUGCAACUGCCUGUCCGGGCUAACAGCAACGUGAAAUACUCCACUUACAUGAAUCAGAUGCCCCAGAGGAAGAAUUCUGUUGCAUCAUCUAUAAUAUCUGGAACUCCAGGAACUCCACGGAAACCUUUCCCUCACCUGAACAGCAGUAAUACAUUGGAACUGUACAGUAGUUUGAUCGAUAGGUACGAUGCAGCCGAACUGUUCACCAAUCAGAGUUACAAUAAUAGUUUGAGCAACCAGGUGAUUGAACAGGAAAAUGAAAAAUCCGAAGAAACAGGAGAAGAAAAGACACAGGAAGUUGUGGAAUCCAAGAAACAUAACUCCUCAUCGAGUGAUUCUGAUAGCUUGUUUAGCCAGCUGAAGAAUACAGGUGGUCCAACCACUCCAAUCAUGGAAAGCAAUACGUCGUUUGAGGAGAACAUUAACACAUCUCCAAUAACACCUGGAACUCCUCCUGUCAAUAAGAGAAACCUGCAGCAACCAGUGCAGCAAGCAGAAAUCAGGGAAAUCAGGAAAGAAAGUACAAUUCUGCCUACUAGAGUCAAACUUAAUGAAUUUGUGAAAGUAAAGGUUGUUCUUAAUAACCAAGAAGAGGAUAUCAUUGUACUUAAAGUGUUUAAGAGGGACUUGCAUCAUAUUGACGAUUUAAAGAGGAUUGUCAGUGAAAAAAUUUAUAAAGAUGCAAAUUUAAUUAAUCACUACAAGUUCGAGUUAGGAGACAUUACCGAUGAGUACGAAAUUAUGCAGAACUUACUCCAAAACAAUAAGGUGAACUUAAUGUUGAUUAGACUUAGGUAA